AUGGCACAGAAAGAAGCAAAUCCUCCAGCUGAAGCUGCACUUGGUGAUUUCAAGAAAACUCCAGAAAACCAAGAUGUGACGGUGUCCAGGUCUCACAGGCAGGUGCAGCACCGAGUGGACUCCGCACUAUGGGCUGUGAUCAACCAGGUUCCUGACAGGCUGUGUGUAACAGCGCCCUCUGGUGAUCGCUCCAGGUCCUACAUUCACCCAAAGACUCCUCACAGCUCUGAUCCCAGUGCAGCUGAAGGGCCGCAGACAACAGAACAGACAGCCGCGUCUGAGGACAGAGAUAAGGCUGAGCUCUCCUCGGCUGUCAGAGAGGAGCUGUCUGAUUGGCGGCUCUUCUGUCUGAGAUCAACAGAGGACGAAGUGGCAGCUCUUGAUCUCACCUGCAGUGGGACGCUGAAUCGAUCUGAGAUCACUCACCUGUUUCUGAGAAAUGACGUUCCACUGAAAUUACCAACGUUUUCUCUGCUUCUGCAAAUGUUCUCUGAUAAAAAUGAUCCAGUCCAGAUUCAUUACAGAGAUCUCCUGCAGUUCAUAAUAAGUUCUGCUUUCCCUGAGGAACUCCACAAUGACAGUGAGCUUCAGUGAAGCUGAACCAGAGGGGCAAAGCUUCCUCACAACGCUGACAUCACGAAUCUGAGGCAACACACAGCGAGAAACCAUCUGACCACGGCUCUGCAACACCUCAAAGGACUACAAUUCAGUAUAUGUUGUGACAGAAUUUAUCAUGUAUGAUUGAGAUUGUGCUACUAAUUUAAUAUACAUGAUAGUUACAGUAAACUU